CACUCUAGGAGUUUUAUAUAUUUAUAUUUGUGUAUUUCCACUACAAUUCUUCUCCGUAGAUUUUUUUUUGCUUUGUCUUUCGUUUCGUCAUAUUCCUAAAUUCUAAUAACUUAUCCCAUGAGCAAAUGCACUGAUUAUGAACACAUAUUCAAUCGCUUUGACAAAGAUGGAGAUGGAAAAAUUUCUCCGUUAGAGCUCCAACAUUGUGUCAGGUCGAUAGACAGUGAAUUGUUGCUAGAAGAGGUGCAAUUGGUGGUUGAUUCACUGGGCUCAGACCAAGGUGGAUUGUUGGGGUUCGAUGGGUUCGUGAGUUUGAUGGAGAGCAAGGAUGAAGAAGAAAAAAUGGAGGACUUGAGGAAUGCCUUUGGCAUGUAUGAAAUGGAGGGCUGUGAGUGUAUAACACCAAAGAGCCUGAAGAGGAUGCUUAGUAGAUUGGGUGAAUCAAGGAGUGUUGAUGAAUGUGUUGUCAUGAUUAAUCAGUUUGAUCUUAAUGGGGAUGGUGUCCUUAGCUUUGAUGAGUUUGAGCUCAUGAUGCUUGAUUGA